AUGGUACGGGAAGUAGCAGCAAUUCCGUACACAGGUUCUAUAUAUAUUAGGUCUAGGCACCCUCCGUUGUUUGCUGCAAUUUUACGUAGACUUCAGUCUCGAUCUAGUGACGGAAGCUUAUGCGGAACCCUAAGUGCUCCAGUCGGAUGGGGCUCACGUGCCGGUAGCACUGCUACGAUAGACACAAUUGGAACAAAGUUGAGACACGAAGAUAGCACUGUUACAUAUGCAAGUAGUGCAGAAUUAGCCGCAGACGACUCUGGAUCAAUAUAUAAUGGGGAUGAGAAUCAUAAGAUUUGGGGUGGAUCUGUAGACAGAUUAAAUGACUUAGAUGCAGAUAUAUAUAGUGGAGGAUCAACACUAGGUAGACCUGCCAGAGUGAGGCAAAUAUCUGAACCAGCACCGCCACCUCCUCCGCCUCUUACUAAGGAAUCUAAAGACCAAAAUCGUAAAAAGAAACGGUCGAGACCAGCACCAGGUCAACAGCAACUUAUGCGAGCACCACCUAUGAUGGUAUAUCACGCAGCGCCAAUUCCACGACAAUUCCACACGUUUUCGCAUCGAAGUCGGCCUCCUCCUAUUAUGUUACCCCCUCAGCAAUUCAUGCAUUCCCAACCUCAAUUUCCUCAACAAAUGCAGCGUUAUCCACAAUAUGCUACUUUACAAGCACCGAAAAUGGCCCGAAAGAAGCAGCGCCAUAGCAAAAAUGCUGCAAAUAUUCCUGUCCCGAUGACACCAAUGAUGGCUCCAAUGUUUGUUUAUCCUCCUACAUUAGAGCGACCACUGGCGACCAUUUCAAGAAAAUUAUCUCUGUCUCAAGCUGAGGGCCUUGACAGGCUAGGUCAGGAAAAUGGAACGUCGGGUGGCGGCGAUUCUCCUAACGGUACUGGUAUUUACCGUCGUAAAGGACAUUUAAACGAGCGCGCCUUUAGUUAUUCAAUACGACAGGAACACCGAAGCAGAAGUCACGGAAGCCUGGCAUCAUUACAAUUUUCACCUCAACCUUCAAAGAUGCCUCAACAACAGGAAACCAGGGAAGAUGCUAAAAAGGAAAGAGAAAUCAUGCAAAUGGUAGCGGGCUUAGAUCUGAACGACGGUACGGAAACAUCACACCUGAUGAAUGGCUCAACAGCAAUUACAUAUAAUGGACGAGGACCACCGCCUCCGCCUUUGGCAUCACUAGGCAUAUAUGGAAAGGCAAGAAGAUAA